GCUUCCUAUCCAGUACCCGAAGUACAACAGGCGUGUGAUGGAUGAUGACAGCGAGGAUGAAGACCGCAGUCAGCCGCUUGUCCUUGCAGAGCCGCAGCCGCGGCCCUGCGCUCACUGCCAGAUCUACGGGCGUGAGGAUGCCAACAGUCACGAGAUUCGUGACUGUGGUUAUGGUUCAAAGUUAGGGGACGUUCCCGGUUGCCCAUUGUGCAAUAGAAUGACUCACUACUAUGAUGGCUGCAGGAAGAGAAAGAGAUCUCCUGCAGACAGGCGCCAUGAGGACUGGAAGUUUCUCGUCGAGUACCGCUCUGGACUCCCUCCUGUCCGCACCAAGAUGGCGUGGCCUGAUCUGGUGACUAACAUGCAACCCACGCAUGGUUUUCCCAUCACCAAGGAUAUGGCUCUCCAGGUCAGAGACAACCAUCGCCAUGGUACUCAGUACCAUGACCCUCUGACCAGGACGCUGGGUGACGUCCGGAAGAACUUGGAGCGCUUGAGGGCAUCUGAGGUCUUCACUGGCAUGGGCUGUUGAAGUGGAAGAUAUGGAGCGAAGACAAAGAUAGGCAAAAGGCUUAAUUAGAAAGAAAGAAAGGAAGGGAAUAAACGUAAAGUUCACG